CGUCUACUUGAACGCCCCCGUCAACGACGGGUAGCUGUCGCCUGUCGGAUUUUCUUCUUCCAACCUACGGCUCUAAGUUCUAAACCCUUCCCCCGAAUAAUCGCCUAGUCGAUAGGGUUUCCUUACUGCCCCCUGGAUAUCCACCAUUCCCCGCGCAGAUUUCUACUUCUCGCGGUUCGAUUGCUAGGUCAUGGAGGGCGCUGAGGUCGGUGGCCGGAGAGGCUGGCGCUGGAGCUACUGGGUCGUGGGAGCGCUGGUCGCCGUCCUCCUCGCCUCCGCCGCGACCCACAGGAACUCCGCCAAGAUCCCUCUUUUCGGGAUCACCAACCAGAUCUGUCGGUGCGCGGAGUCGAGGAAAUACACUGGCAUCGUGGAGGAUUGUUGCUGCGACUACGAAACUGUGGAUAGUCUCAAUAAGGAAGUCUUGCAUCCGAUCCUACAGGAUCUAGUCGCGACGACGUUCUUUCGGUAUUUUAAGGUCAAGCUAUGGUGUGAUUGCCCAUUCUGGCCUGAUGAUGGAAUGUGUCGUCUUCGGGAUUGUAGUGUUUGCGAGUGUCCUGAAAGCGAGUUUCCUGAGACUUUCAAGAAAUCUUAUCAGCUUUCUUCUGAUAAUCUAAUGUGUCAAGAAGGAAAACCACAGGCUGCUGUUGAUCGCACAAUAGAUAAUAAAAUUUUCAGAGGGUGGAUUGAAGUUGACAAUCCAUGGACCAGUGAUGAUGAGACUGAUAAUGCUGAGAUGACAUAUGUGAACCUUCAACUAAAUCCUGAGCGCUAUACGGGCUACACUGGUCCUUCAGCUAGGAGGAUAUGGGAAGCAAUUUAUACAGAAAAUUGCCCAAAAUAUCCUUCAGGAGAGUUUUGUCAGGAGAAAAGAGUCUUGUACAAACUGAUAUCAGGAUUGCAUUCCUCCAUCUCAGUUCACAUAGCUUCUGAUUAUCUUCUCGAUGAAACUUAUAACUUGUGGGGUGAAAAUCUUGAGCUGUUAUAUGAUCGGAUAUUGAGUCAUCCGGAACGUGUUAAAAACUUGUACUUUGCCUUUCUUUUUGUUCUCCGUGCAGUGACAAAGGCUGCAGAUUUCUUGGAACAGGCUGAAUAUAGCACAGGAAACCUGGAAGAAGAUCUUAAAACACAAUCGUUAGUGAGGCAAUUUGUGUACAAUCACAAAGUACAGACUGCUUGCCCAAUUCCAUUUGAUGAGGCUAAACUUUGGCAAGGUGAAAGUGGUCCCGAACUAAAACAACAAAUUCAGAUGCAGUUUAGAAAUAUCAGUGCAUUAAUGGAUUGUGUUGGAUGUGAGAAAUGCCGCCUAUGGGGAAAACUUCAGGUUCUCGGUCUUGCUACAGCUUUGAAGAUUCUCUUCUCAGUUGAUGACCAAAACCUCAUCAAUCAACAGUUGCAGCUUCAAAGAAAUGAAGUUAUCGCUCUGAUGAACCUCCUCAAUAGGCUCUCAGAAUCCAUUAAAUUUGUCAAUGAGAAAGGCCCCUAUGCUGAGAAAAUCAUGGCGAAAAAGACAUACUCCACUACUACCAAAAGCAGUCUGUGAACCACAGCACUAAUGCACUUCAAGAAUAUCAUUUUGGAUCAUGUUCUGGUAGUGAUUUUUUUAGCACACUAUCAAAGGAGUCAGAACUAGUCCUGGGGAGAUCAAUGCCCCUACCAUGGAGACGAACCAUGACUAAAGAGAUCAUGUACAGAGCACUACUGGCAUUCAUCCAUUGCUCUGUCGAUAGCAUAUUGUUCUUCUCGAACUGAUUACUAGCUGAGAUCAUACCAGUAUUUUCUAAGAAAAUUUACUGGAUCAUUUAGAUACAAAGUGUGAAACUUCAAUACUAGGUACUAAAUCUUCACUCUUGGGUUAUUCUAGUCAGAGGGAGAGGACUCCAGAUCAUUGCCAUAGUAACAAAGAGUUAAACUAUA